AUGAGGAUCCUGAGGAGAGUUUGUGCACUCGUCCUGAGAAAAGGAGUUCGUACUUAUCAGAACACAUUGGCUAACAAGGAUCUUCUUUUCAGAAUUCAUCCAUCGGUGUCCCAUGCGUUGGUGGAAAACAAGCCAGUGGUUGCACUUGAGAGCACCAUUAUCACACAUGGCAUGCCAUAUCCACACAACUUGAGUACUGCAAAACAGGUGGAGGCGAUUGUCCGAGCCGAAGGAGCAACUCCUGCCACAGUGGCUGUGAUCGAUGGUGAAAUCCGUGUUGGGCUGUCCUUGGAUGAGCUCGAUCAUCUCGCCAGUUCUAAGAGUCCGCUGAAGGUGUCACGGCGGGAUCUUCCUUAUGUCAUUAGCAAAGGUCUCUCUGGAGGAACAACAGUGUCAGCCACCAUGAUCGCAGCCCACAGAGCUGGGAUCCCUGUUUUUGUUACGGGAGGCAUUGGAGGAGUUCAUAGAGAUGGACAAAACAGUUUGGACAUCAGUGCAGAUCUGACGGAGCUUGGUAAAACUCCCAUUGCUGUGGUCUCUGCUGGAGUCAAGUCUAUUUUGGAUAUUGGCCGCACCCUGGAGUUUCUUGAGACUCAAGGUGUCUGUGUAGCGACUUAUGGAACAUCAAAGAAUUUUCCAGCUUUCUUUACACCAAACAGUGGAUUCACCUCUGCGUACAACGUUCAAAACCCUAGUGAGGCUGCAAAACUCAUUGCUGGCACUUUUUCACUGGGUCUUCAAAGUGGUGUCCUAAUAGCAGUCCCUGUCCCGGAGGAGCAUGCAGGAGGAGGACAGCAGAUAGAGGAAGCCAUACAGGUGGCAUUGGCUGAGGCGAGUUCUAAAGGUGUUGCAGGUAAAGACGUGACGCCUUUCAUUCUUCAAAAGGUCAACGAGUUGACUGGAGGAAAGUCCCUUCAGACCAACAUUGCUCUCAUUUAUAACAAUGCUAAAGUUGGCAGUCAGAUAGCUUGUGCACUUUCAAAUCAAAUGAGAGAAAGAAAGUUAAAAAGUCUAAUCAGUCAUCCUGAGAAACCUUCUGCAGACUCGGACGUUGUUGUCAUUGGAGGAAUAAAUGUUGAUUUUAUUGCUAAAAGAACAAAAACACAUGUUGGACAAAUCGACCAAGGAAGUGUCUGUCAGUCAUUUGGGGGCGUGGGGAGGAACAUUACAGACUCUCUGAGUAGAUUAGGCCAUAAGCCCUUGUUCAUCUCAGCUACUGGAGCUGAUGCAAACAGUGAUGCCGUGUUAAACUACUGUAAACAUAUGAACACAAGUGGUGUGGCCAGGCUAGAAAAGCAGAGUACAGCAACUUACUGUGCUGUUAUUACUGAAAAUGGAGAACUGAGUCUUGGACUGGGAGACAUGGACGUUCAUCAGCAAAUCACUGAAAAUUAUGUUUCCCAAUUUGAAGAACAGAUUUCAUCAGCCACCCUUGUGUGUCUUGAUGGAAACAUCCCUGUCUCCACCAUCAACUAUGUUUGCUCUCUUGCAGGAAAGCACAACAUCAACGUUUGGUAUGAACCAACGAAUGCAGACAAGGCGUGUAAACCUUUCUUGUCAGAUGCCUGGAAAUCUUUGUCCUAUUCAUCCCCAAACCUGGCAGAGCUGUGCGUCAUGAAUAAAUCCCUGGGAAUCAAAACCCCUGAAGUGUUGCCGGACACCCUGGAGGAGAGCCUGAGUGUUGCUGUGGCUCUCUCACGCCCUCUUCUGGAGCACCUUCACUGUCUGGUGGUGACUCUCGGGCCCAGCGGUGUUCUGCUCUGUGGAGAGCACAGCGAAGCAGGUUCUGUUAACUUGCAGCCAAGAAAGCUCAGAAAGAAAAGGCAGCUUUGUGCUCUUCACUACCCAGCACUGCCUGUGACACCAGAGGAGAUCAGAAAUGUGUCAGGAGCAGGAGAUAGUCUUGCAGGUGCUUUAAUGUCUGGGAUUCUCCGAGGGAGAGACACAGACAGCUGUGUUCGGAUGGGCCUCCUGGCUGCAAAGAUAUCCCUUUUGUCACCACACCCCAUCUCUCCCACGCUCACUUUAGAGUCUGUGGACCCUGAUGAAAUCCAAACGCACAAGUGGCCCAAACCAAGCUUUUUGGACAUUACGAUCUAAAUGUUAGAGAUUUAUUGGUCAUUGUU